GUACGCCUUUAAAGCCCGAGGCAAAUAAGUUGGAAAAUAUAUUUUGUCUGCCUUUGUCACCAUUUUCUUGGUGUUUUUCUCGGCAACCAAGCAAGUUUUCCCUCCAAUUUUUAUCUCUCAGUUGUUACAUGGCAUUGAAUUGUACCAUAACGUCUUUAGAGAAACUGAGAAUGUGUUCCUUGUAGCAGAUUCCAGUCGUGGAAAGUUAACAGUGUAAUUGGAUUUGCAAUAGAGAGAGACCCAUGCCUACAAUCCGCCUCUACUCAUCGCUAGCUCCGCCCAACAGCCGCCGUCCCACUUCUCUGCUGCCUUCAAUCGCAUCCUUACUCAAAGGCUGCAAAACCCAAUUCCAUCUCGAACAAAUCCACGCCCACAUUGUCCGUAAAGGUUUGGAGCAAGAUUGCUUCCUCAUAAGCCCGUUCAUCUGCCUCUCCAACGCUCUCGCUUCCCUCUCUUACUCCACCGCUGUAUUUGACCGUCCUCAGCCCGACACCUUUCUCUGGAACUGUCUGAUCAAAGGGUACUGCGAAAGGUCUGGUUUUUUGCGCAUUGUUUCUCUGUUUGUUCGGAUGAAGAGGGAGGAAGGCCUUCCGGAUAGGUAUACGUACCCGUCUCUCUUUAAGGCGUGUGCGAGUGAGGGGAGGGUCUGGGAAGGAAGGGCGAUACAUGGGUCGGCGGUGAGGUGUGGAGUUGACGGGUAUGUGUUUGUAGGCACCAGUUUGAUUGAUUUGUACGGGAAAUGCAGGGAGAUUGUUUGCGCUCGCAAGGUGUUUGAUGGAAUGUCUGAGAGAAGUGUGGUUUCUUGGACGACUAUGGUUGUUGGGUAUGCUAGUGUUGGGGAUUUGGUGGAGGCCAACAAGCUGUUUGAUCAGAUGCCCCAGAGAAAUGCAGUGUCGUGGAAUGCGAUUAUUAGUGGGUUUGUAAAGAUGGGGGAUUUGGUCAAUGCUAGGAGGAUCUUUGAUCAAAUGCCUGAGAAGAAUGUGGUUUCUUAUACUACUAUGAUCGAUGGAUAUGCCAAGUGUGGAGAUAUGGCGUCUGCGAGAUUUUUGUUUGAGCAAUGCUCGGAUAAAGAUAUCGUUGCGUGGUCAGCAUUGAUAUCAGGGUAUGCUCAAAAUGGUCAACCUAACGAGGCUUUAAAGAUAUUUCAAGAAAUGAGUACGAAGAAUGUUAAGCCUGAUGAGUUUAUAAUGGUGAGCUUGAUGUCAGCUUGUUCCCAAGUGGGUUGCUUGCAGGUGGCUAAAUGGGUUGAUUCUUACCUGAGCCAGAGCUCCAUUGAUGUUCGUCAGGCUCAUGUUCUCGCAGCUCUGAUUAACAUGAAUGCAAUGUGUGGGAAUAUGGAAAGAGCAACUCGUUUGUUUGAAGAGAUGCCUAAGCAGGAUUUGAUUUCGUAUUGUUCUAUGAUACAAGGGUUGUCGAUUAAUGGUCAAGGGGAUCAGGCUGUUUCCCUCUUCAAUAAGAUGCUAACUGAAGGUUUUGCCCCGGAUGAGGUUGCUUUUACAGUCAUCCUGACAGUUUGUAGUCGCUCUGGGCUUGUAGAGGAGGGUUGGCACUUCUUUGAAUCAAUGAGACAUAAGUACCAUUUAAAUCCCUCUCCUGAUCAUUAUGCAUGUAUAGUUAGUCUUCUUAGCCGGUCAGGACGGUUAAAAGCAGCUUAUGAUCUUCUAAAAUCAAUGCAUGAGAAGCCUCAUGCUGGCGCUUGGGGUGCACUACUAGCAGCAUGUAAGCUAAACUGCAAUGCUGAGCUAGGAGAGUUAGUUGCUUAUCGACUUUUUGAGCUUGAACCCCAAAAUCCUGGUAAUUAUGUGCUCUUGUCUGAUAUCUAUGCAGCAACAGGCCGCUGGUUUGAUGUUUCUGCUGUGAGAACCAAAAUGGAAGAGCGAGGGAUUAAAAAGAUACCCGGUAUUAGUUAUUUAGUUUAAAAGGUUGAGCUUCUUGGAAACUCUCUUUAUGCAGUGCCUGGAGUGGAGUGUAUAUAGAGAGGCACACCAUCUUCCUUGGUGUCUACAUCGUGGAGUUGGAAUUGAUAAAAAAGAUUUAGUUCUACACCUAGCUUAUAGGUGCUUAAGGAACCAGGCUGCCAAGGCUGCCUUCUACGACACUCCUUAUUGCAAGCUUCAAGUGAGAUUGCAUGGGUGGUAGAGACAGAGACAUAAACGUUUUUGUUCAAAGGAGUUUAUUAAGACAAUCUUCUUCCCUUGAGAGCUUAAUCUGGGAUCAACUAUCAGCCAAGCAACCUGAAGCUUAUGAGUGGUGUAUCAAAUUAUCUCUAAGCAAGUUCCAUGGUGGUAACGUCCUUUGUUAAUUAUUUGCAGGGGACCCAUGCUUUACUGCUGCAACUAAUGUGUUUUUAGUAAGGUAACGCACUAGGGGUCUAGCAACACAAGUGACACAUCUCUCCUCAUGCUUGCACUGACAUGCAACGUAGUAAUUACAAAACUUGGUCAAGCAAAAGUUUCUUGCCCUCAGUUCUAUGUUAGGAUGUGUGGCAAGGAACUCAAUUGCUAGCUAUUGACGUUGUUGCCACUGUGGGGUUGCUGAGAAGGGUCUUUCAUGGAGAUGAACUGACAGAAAAAGAAAAGAAAGGUCUACAGAGAACUCUGACCGACAUAGUAUCAGUUGUUCCUAUUGGUGUUUUAAUGCUUCUUCCUGAUUCUCGUCUUAGUUCUUCAUCAGGCUGAUGUGGUUUAUCACUCGAGGAGGUUUACGGGCAUAUAACAAGGCGUGCAUUAGAUACUUUGUUUAUGUCGCAUUAUUGUGCGAUAUUGCAAGUGAAUCACUUGAGAGGCUUAUCACUCGGUCCACACCGAUCAAAGUCAACGAUGGAGUUUUAUGGGAGAUGUAAAUCGAAUGUGGAUGGCAUAAGAGACCGGCAAUGGCGUUGGUUGGUAGGUUUACACAGAGGUUUCCCAGUUGUUCCGAAAGGGGGCUCCACAAGGAAUCAAACGAGAUUUACAUGUAUCGAGUCAGGAAACAACUCUAUCCAAGCCACACAAAGCCUCUUGGACAACAGGCUCAGCAAACUUCCACUGCAAAUAAUACUCUGAAUACUUGUUUUUUCUUUCUUUUUUGAGGAAAAUCAAUCGAACAUCUUUGAUUUCAUAAAAGCAUGUGAACACUUCAAUGUGUCAACCAAACAAAUCCUUGUAUAAUUCCAUUCCACUAAAGUAUGUGUUGUUAUCUAUGGCCUUUCACAGUAGUUCGAGCGAGU